UUGUUAGAUCUUGCCUACUUACCAGAGAGUGCACUGCUACAUCCCCCAAACAUCUUGUUAUCCAGACUUUGACCUGUUUUGGAGAAUCCUGCAUAGGAGGACCAAGAUGACUUUACCAGUGUACAUCAUAGGAGGCAGUCAUUCAGGUGUACCUUUUGAUUUCACCGGAUACAACAAUGGUGCUUUGUUGGAAAAGAUUGGCGUGUGGGUUGGAGGUUGGCAGGUCAAGUCUAUCAAGCUAUGGCUUACUGAUGGACAAACCAAAGUCUAUGGAAAUGCAGAUCGAGAGCCUUAUAGUGAGUUUAAAUUUGAGCCUGGAGAGUUUUUUUCUUCUCUCUCACUGUGGGGAAAUGGAGCUGGUACCCGUUUGGGAGCGAUCAAGUUCCGAACAAACAAACAACGAGAGUUCUUUGCCUAUAUGACUUCCUGGGGACUAAAAAAAGAGUAUGUAAUUGAUGUUGGUUCUGGAAUUUGCUUAGGGGUUAUGGGAAGAUCAGGUUCAGACAUUGAUUCUUUAGGUUUCAUGUUCAUCAAAUCUGUCAGAUCUGCAGUGAUGAAAGACGUUGAAUACCCAACUCUGCACCAGGUGGUCCCAAGCGUGAAUGUGGAAGAAAUCAAAUCGAUGACUUACAAAAACAAGACCUCUGUUGAGCAGGAAUAUACACUGCAAACAUCUAAGACAAUCACCAAAAAAUCCUCUUGGUCUGUCACUAACAGUAUGGAGACCUCAAUUGGUAUGUCUGUCAAAGUAGGCAUUCUAGAUGUUGUUGAGAUUGGAACGGAGUUUAGUUUCAAAUUGGGGAUCGCCAUUACACAGGAGUUAGAAAACACUGAAACGAGGACAGAGACUCUGACCUACAAUAUCAAAGUCCCUCCUGGUAAAACCAUGGAUAUUCAUGUUACUAUUGGAAGAGCAAACAUUGAUCUUCCCUACAAUGCAACAGUGGAAAUUACCUGUCUUGAUGGAGCCAUUUACCAGUAUAAAAAAAGUGGUGUCUACAAGGGGCUCACCUACACCGAAGCAAAAGCAGUCAUUGAGGAAUCCAACAAGCAGAUUGAGUUACCAGAAGAAGGUUCAAUUAUGAUUUAUGAAAAUACCUCUUAAUACCCAGCCAAGAAAUGGGGGUACUACAGUAUUGUAAUACUAAACAUAAAUUUGAGGCUGGUUGCAACAUUAUCAAAUAUGCUCUCUAGUGAAGUCCUGAUUAAAGCAAUAAACUGCUACAUCUAA